AUGUCGCCACUCGACUUGACUUGGCACUCCCGUGACCGACUGAGUCGGCUUCACACGGCGAUUCUUAGCUCUAAUGGAACCCUUUUUGUAAAGUUUGGUUCCGAUUCUGUUUCGGUUCGAUGUGAGGAAUGCCCAGGAAAACUGAGUGUCGAAAAUAACUUAAGAGCGAUUUUCGAAGAAGCUGUAAUUUCCCAUGAUGAUAAUCGCAGUUCAUUGAUUUUCGUACAGGAUACAGUUGACAAGGAUUUUGGAUUAAAAGCAGAAUGGCACUUUUUUGCAACUUUUCAUGGUAAAAGUCCUUGCGAUGGAAUUGGAGGGACAACAAAAAGAUUGGUUGCAAGAGCAAGUUUGCAGGCAUCAACAAAAGAUCAGAUAUUGAACGCCAGAGAUUUUUACACAUACGCUGAUGCGAAAAUAAAUGGUAUUAAAUUUUUUUGGGUAGACAAAAAAGAAAUUAAAGAUCUGCUAGGAAUGCUUGAAAAAGAUUUAGGUCAGCAGAUAAAACAAAGGGUUGUCGAAGUCAUCACUCAUUUAUUCCAGACAAAAAUGAUCAACUUUUGA